AUGUAUCAUGCCAUUAAAGAAUGGGGUGGAACUCCUUUUGGCUUUAUUGAUGAUGUGACUAUUACCGUUGAAGGUAAAAUUGAAGAAAAUACCAAAAGCUUAAGCAACAUAUUAGAAAAAUGUUGUAAUUGGGCUAAAUCAAGAAUGACCAAAAUUGAUUUGGGUGAUAAAUUGGGUUUCAUUCAUUUUACAAAAAAUGUGAAACCUAAAGAUGAGAAAGUGCAACUUACUUUACUUAAUGGAGAACUUCGUGAACCCCAGAAGGAAGUUAAAUUGCUUGGAAUUACUUUGAACAAUCUGCUUGAUUUUAAAUCUCAUAUUUUGAACAAAAUCAAUAAAGCAAGAAAAGCUGUUGGUGCUAUUUGGCAUCUUGGUGGCGUGCAAAAAGGUAUGCGGGGGUCUGCAGUCAGAUCACUGUAUAUUGCUUGCGUGAGACCAAUUGUCGAAUAUGGCUUAGAAAUUUGGCAUCAUAAAGUCUUGAAAGGAGAAAUCCACAAGUUGGAAGUGAUGCAGAACAUGGCUUUAAGAAGAAUUGUUGGUGCUUAUCGCACAACUCCUAUUGCGGUAUUACAAAAGGAAGCUGGUAUUAUGCCAUAUAGUAUUAGGCUAAAAUUUAUGGUGGCACGAAAAGCUAUUCGUUUACACCUAAAUAUUAGCAAAACUAAUCCUAUUAAUGGUCAUUUGUUAACAUUGAUUGAGAAAUCUCCAAUUGCAAAGCUAACCACGCUUUACAUGUUGGCGAAAGAUGAUAGAGACUACAUGAUUAAAAAGGGUGAAAAACGAAAAUGCAAGAGAGUUGAACCUCUUACACUGAAACAACAACAAAAUCAGACGAUUGGGAUUUUGAAGAAACAAGCAAUGGAAGAAUGGCAAGAAAUGUAUUGGAACAGUAGUAAGGAUCUGUGGUAUCAUAAUAUCACAGUGGAGUCGAAAUGUACUGAUAAUCUUUCCAAAAUGGUUACGGGAGUGAUCAUGAAGAAAGAUAGUCGAAGGAUCUUGAGUAAUAUUACUCAGUUUCGCACAGGCCAUGGCAAUUUUGGCGCAUGGUUUAAAAAGUUUGGGAUUGAAAAGGAUAGUUACAACUGCAAAUGUGGAGAGCUGGAAACAGUUCAUCACAUUUUAGUUGAGUGUCCUUUGCUUGAAGAGGAAAGAAAAGGACUCAAACGGAUAUCUCCAGAGAUGGACAUGUCGACUCUCUUAAACAGUUUAACUGGCUUACAAGAGAUUGACGAAAGGGACGAAAAGGACAAUUUUAUUUUUUUUGCAUUGUUGCAUUUUGAUGGUGAUGGUCGUUCUUUGUCUACUAAAGAAUCCACUACAGAAACUUCUCAGAAACCUGUUAUACCAGCUACAUCUUCAGUUUCUGAGCCUUCUAAAACCAAUGACUCUCCUAAUUCAAAUGAGCCCGUUGUUAUAGAGAAUCACUCUUUACAAGCUGACAGCGCGCAGACGCAAUCUUCUACAGAGAACAAAGCCGUCGUAGUGAGCACUUCUACUUCUUCCGCAAACAGUGCUGGCCAUGUGGGGGAACAAGGUGCAUCCAAUGAGCCUUCUGGCUCUACUCCUACCCAACUUGUGAAAAAUGAAAACAAUGUGUCUCAGAAGUCUCAAAAACCUCGGAAAUCUCAACAAACUCCUAAAGCUAGUAAUCGAGGAUAUCCUUGGAAAAACCUAGACCUUGCAGAAAUCUGGGAAAAGGCUGCCAUGCACCACAAAAUGGCCUCACAAUAUGAAAGAAGGGGCGGAAAUUUUGCCUACCCCAACGGCGUCGCCCCCUACCUUCACAGACGUAAGAAGAUCAGCUCUCAUGGCUGA